AUGUCGAAUUCAUCAUCUGAAUCAGCUACAAUAAAGCCUGAGAUUAAACAUGAUAUAAGAAUUUGUUGCAAUAUCUGUGGAUAUUGUCAAUUUAUGGAUGGCAUUGUCCCACAAAUGAGGUCUGAACAUUGGAGGGCUUAUGGAUCCUCCAAUUUCAAGAACUAUGUUAGUUUUGGUAUGAUUCCAUCCGACAAGGCCACCAUCAUGCUGCUGCUGGAUAAUGUGGAUUUAGCCACGGGGAAGUUUUUCUUCAAUGAUAGCCAAACCGGGACUAAACAAGCGUACACGUUUGAUCUAAAUUGGGUGCGCAAACAUACUCGGUUUAAUGAUGAAGGGGAGAAACCCGAAGGCAAUCGCGACAUGGAUAAUAGGAUAUGGACCACAUACUUCAGCAACAAGCAACAAUCACAAUACAAGAGUGGCCGAGGCUACCUUGAGGCCCUAUUGGAGAAAUUGGUUCGGUCCAAAAAGAAAUCCGAUGUUUCGGAUUUUGUUAUGCUUCAAAUCCUCUAUCAAUUGACAAUGAUAUGGACCCCGACCGCGAGAAUGAAUGCACCGCGGCAUAUGUUCAAAUAUGUGGCUCGAGUAGAUGCGGUUGAUCAUUUCCCAUGGGCGACAAUCAUCUAUAAGGAAUUGUGGGACUCCUUCAAGGCUGUGAAGAAAGCGACGAAGGGGCUGACAUAUCUUAGCGGCUGCGCUCCCUUGCUAUCGCUAUGGUAUUAUGAGAUAUCAAACAUUAAGGAGCCGGCGAAAGUGGAUGAAUCGAAGCCACCAAUGACCAAUUGGACAUUGGAGGGUAAGAAAGUGGGUUCACUGCGGACUACAACAAUAACGAAGAAAUCGGAGGCCGCAAUCCACAUCUUACCGGAGCAUGACCUGCCGCGGUAUGUACAUGAGGAGAUCAAGCAUAAGUCUACAAAGAGGAGGGCUGAAAUGGAGGAGGAAGCUACGGGUGAAAAAGCUUCGAGGAAGAAAAGAGUGGAAAAAGGGGAUGACGCUUAUAAAAAGUUGGUGAUGCUAAAUGAAGCCUAUGAGCAAGAACUUGUUGCUCGUGGCGUUGAUACGAUGGCCAUUAAGGCCGAAAUUGAGAAAAGAUUUGAGGAAGAGAAACAAAUCAUGCCCAAAAAAGAAGAGCCUCAAAUAGAGAGACAAGAUGAGGCGGAGAAAGAAGAAGGGAAGGAAGAGAAAGCAGAGGGAGAAGGUGAUCAAGGCCAAGAAGUGGGCAUUGAACUUGAGCAGUCUGAAGCGCGGAAAGUUGUUGAGGAAGUUCCUAAGAAGAAGAGGGGAAGGAAGAGGAGGGAGGAAGGUGAGUCUACUUUGGGAGAAUUUGUUCAGGGGCUCCGUGCAAGGAGCCGAAGAACAACGAAGAAGCCCAAGUCCCUAGAAUCUCCAUAUUGUACAGAAAUGCCUAAGAAAAAGAUGAAAGGGAAAAAAAGUGUCGUUUUGGUGAAAGAUGAUGAUGACAAGGGGGAGACAAUAGAGGAGAAGAAGCCACGUGAAAUGGCACACCCACCUAUGAGAACAUCCGUGCCUCAGCUAUGGAGAAGGGAAAAAACUGAAGAUGAAAAAAAAUUAUUGUCAAUGUUGAAUAUGGGCAUUCCUUCUGCCCAAGACUUUGACAUCAGGCUACCGGGAACAGUUGACGAAGGAUUUUAUCAUAACUUCACUGUUCGUGAUGUACCUGAUGCGUCGGAAGAUGAAAACAAGUGGCUUCAACAUUUUCUAACGUUACAAGUUGACAAGAGGAUUGUUUUGGAGGUUGAGGACCAAACUAUAAACAGAUACGAUAUUCUUCAUCUUCUACGCGGUGGGCCAUUGAAGGAUGAGACGGUUGAAGCCCUUGUUGCAAGACUUCGGAACUGGCUCAAGCUCCCCGAAAAUGCCGCUCGGGAUCGCAAAUUUGCUAUUAUCACAUCCUAUUUUAGUAUUUGGUUGCUAACUGCUUCAAAGUUGGAUGAGCGAAAGAUCUAUAAAAACUAUAUAAAGAAGCAUAUCGACGAAGGGAAGGAUGUGUUGAUAAUCCCGAUAUGUCAUGCUGAUCAUUGGCAUGUCGUCGAGGUCAAUCCGGGGCAAAAAAAAAUGCAGGCAUUACAGCUCCGCUGGCCACGAGGCAUGGGCUAG